CGAAACUAAAUCCCUAACCCUAGCAACCAUGCCUCAAAUCUUCCGUCUCCUUCGAUUUCUCCACCAGCUUCGACGAUAUGUCCGCCACCUCUACGGUCGUCAGCAGCAGCGCUACCUUCGAUUGUGGGGUUGUGGAGUCCAAUUUUCGUCGUCGCCUCUAUUAAUAUGAUGUUUCUCACACUUCGACUCUGUUUCUCUUACUCUGCUAUUCGUCUCAAUUCAUGCCCCAAUCAAUCGGUAGAAGUUUGAAUUAUGCGGUGAAGAAAAUGUUGUAGGUUGUGAUGAGCGACAGGCAGUGGAAAAAGGCGAUGAUGGAGUGCAAUGAGGAUGACAUCAUCGAAAACCUGAAGAAGCAGGUGGCCACGCAUACUGCAACUAAGGCGAAGAAGAUAAGGAGUCAGAAGUUCUACACCAUCUACACGGACCAUGUUACUCUCAAGAACUAUGGGAUUCACAAUGAAGCCAUAAAUCGAUUGUUUAAACUUAAAGUCAAUGAGCAGCAGAGGGAACAAGAUGAGAAUGUUAAUGGAGGGGGUUCUUUUUCGUCAGUUGCUAUACAAGUAAGCACGUUACAGAAUGAAGUGGUUAACAAGUCACUCCAUUUGGCAUCCAUGGAGCAGCAGAAGGUUGAUGCGAGUUUCGAGAGACUGUUUGAAGAGCAAAAGUUAAGAGUCCAAGCAGCAGCUGGAAAUGGAAAUUCAGCAGCUAAAAGGGAAACGGAAUGUGCUGAAGCAUCUUAACGAUCAAGAUGAUGAAUCUGUAAGAAAGCUACUAAAGAGAUGGAUGAUGAGUUGGCGGAAAAAAUAUAUGAUCUUGUUGACAAGGAUUCUCUUAUGACAACUCUAAUGGCCAGGGAGAGCCAGAGUAAUGAUGAAGUUCUAGAGGCAAGGAAAGCAAUGCUAAGCUUUGUAACAGGAUAAGCUAAGCUGUUGGUGAUUCAGAAGAAAGGAUUUUGCUGGAACUUUAUCUUUGUUCAACUUUUAUUUGUUGAAUUAUCGUGAGUAAUGUGUACUUUGGAAGUUAGCAUUUUGUUUACUUAUAAGAGGAUAAUGAGUAAUGGAAGGUACUGAUAGAUACGAGUUGAAAUA